AUGCCGAAUUACGGUGAUCCAGAAUACUGGGAAAAGCGUUAUUCAGAGCAUAAGGACUCUACAUUUGACUGGCUUGAGAACUAUUCUACUCUUAAAUCAAUAAUUGGCUCACUUGUAGCAAAAAACGCAAGAGUUUUAAUCCUAGGCUGUGGAAAUGCAGAAUUCAGUGAAGAUAUGUAUAAUGACGGAUAUGACUACAUAUACAACAUCGAUAUCUCCACAGUCGUCAUUGACCAAAUGCGUCAAAGGAAUAUAGAUAAGCCUCCAAUGUCUUGAGCAGUCAUGGACGUCAGAGAUCUGAAGUUUGAAUCCAACUAUUUUCAUAUCGCCAUUGAUAAAAGUACAAUAGAUGCACUACUAUGUGGAGAUCAUGCCUAUCUUAAUGUUGCAAAAAUGACAAGAGAGGUCCAAAGAGUUCUCCAAAUGGGAGGGUAUUACGUAGUUAUUUCUUAUGGAACACCUGAUACACGGUUAGAGCAUUUCCAAUGGGAACACUUAUCUUUUGACGUUUCCCAGAUGACAAUUGGAGACGAGUCAGGAAAUCAGCAUUUUGUUUAUAUUUGCAAGAAAAGAGAAGACGCUGACCAAAAAUCAAUGGAAAACUGGAGCAUCGUCGAAAGAGUCUUAAUGGAUGCUGAUAAAGAAGAAGAAAAUAUUGAGAGCGAUGAAAAUGAGGAAGAAAAAAAUGAUUAA